CACCAUACCGCCCGCCAUGGCGUCGUCAAACGGCCUGAUCUGCUUCACAAAUUGCCUGCUGCCGCUCGAGGAUGGCAGCCUCGUCGAGCGCGAUCUGUGGAUCGACGAACGCCGGGGAGUCAUCCUGGAUGCCCAGCGUACAUUCUUCCUGCAGCGGGAACGGCCUGACCGAGUGAUCGAUCUCGGGGGAAACAUCCUCAGUCCAGGCUUCAUGGACAUCCAGAUCAACGGAGCCUACGGCUUCGACUUCUCAGUGUACGACGGCGACGAUGAGGCCUAUAGGCAAGGCAUGCAGACCGUCGCCGAGAAGAUCGUCGAGACCGGUGUCACCUCUCUUGUCCCGACUAUCAUCACGCAAGAACGCUCGCUCUACCCGCAGAUCCUCCACCUGCUCCGCCCAUUUUCCCUCCCACACUCCGCGACGCUCCUCGGAUGGCACGCCGAGGGCCCGUUCAUCCAGCUCGCCAAGCGCGGGGCGCACGCGCCGCAGUUCCUCGUGCCCGCACACGAGCGCUUCGCGUCGUUCGAGGCCGUGUACGGCGCGCAGAACCUCGCGGACCAGGAGGACUGGCUCAUGGCGGACGGCACCGCGCCCGACACCGUCGGCGUGCGCAUCAUCACGGCCGCCCCGGAGAUCGACGGCGUCAUGGCCACCGUCCCGGAGGUCGUGCAGCGCGGCGUGGUGUUCUCCAUCGGACACAGCAUCGCGUCCACCGAUAUCGCGACGCAGGCCGCCUACCACGGCGCGCGUCUGAUCACGCACUUGUUCAACGCGAUGCCGCAGCUCCACCAUCGCGACCCGUCCAUCAUCGGCCUGCUGGGCGCGUCGCCGCACCUCUCCACGCCGCGGCCGUUCUAUGAGCUCAUCGUGGAUGGGAUCCAUUCCCACCCGAACUCUGUGCGGCUCGCGUACACGGCGUAUCCUGAAGGCUGCAUCCUCAUUACUGACGCGAUGAAGAUUCUCGAUCCGCAUCUCAAGGACGGCGUCCACGAAUGGCGCGACGGCAAGCGCUUCGUGAAGGAGGGCGAUAAGCUAUACUUGGAGGGCACGGACACACUCGCCGGCAGCGUGGUCACGCUGGACAAGUGCGUGCGGAACUUCUCGCGCUUUACGGGGUGCUCGCUGGGCGAAGCCAUCAAAUGCGCGACCUAUAACCCGGCCAGGUGCCUUGGGAUCGAAAACAGGAAGGGCACGCUGCGCGCCGGCGCGGACGCCGACCUCGUGGUGCUCAGCCGCCAGGGCGAUGUGCUCAGUACGUGGGUGAGAGGCAAGGAGGUGUGGACGAGGAAUUGAAGGAGACACUCAAAUGAAUAUUCUCGUGGUGGGACGUUGUGGAUGUCGUAGACUUCCGAGUUGGUUAAAUGGUUGUACAGUGUAGCACAUGAUCCAUCGCGCGUUCGCACCCUCCGUCUAUUCAAUGGAUGGCUAGCUACGUAUACUGUA